AAGAUUAGGUAGAUUUAGUAGAAUGGUGGCAAAUGGUGGCUUGUAGCCGGUGAUGUGUUAUGCGGUUGUAUUAGAGAUAGAACUCACGAAAUUUCAUCAUAUUACGUGAUUACGUCGAUUACGACUCCAAAAAAAUGGCUCAUCAAUUAUUAUGCUCGGCCACUAAAUUCGAGAAAUUCGUUUUAAAAUUCGUACAUAAAAAUAAGGAUACACUUCGGUUACGAAGGUACUUGUCGUUAUUUAGAAGUGGCAACGAGGUGGCUGUAUUGGAACAGGUACAACAACAAUGGAGGCUAUUAAUGAAUAAACCACCGAGUGGAUUUGAAAAGUUCUUUAAAGGUAGCAAAAAGGAUGGAUCCAAAACUGCAGAAAAAGUUGCAGAUAAAGUUAAAAAGGGAUCGGCUAAGGAGCCUGUUAAACCAGAAACGACCGAAUCAUCUUCUAAAUCUUCGUCUACCGAAAAUAUUGGUCGUCAAUGGAAGUUUCAAUUCAAUAUGAACUUUCCAGGAGGGAAAAAACCAUUCGAAGAGACAGGGAAUGAAAGAACAAUGUAUUUAAUUGGUGUCAUGACGGUGUUAACUAUUUUAGUAUACUUUCAGCUAUUAGCAUCUUACGGCAUAGAAGUUACAUGGAGGGAGUUUUUGUUACAGUGUUUGAACAAAGGAAUCGUAGACAAAUUAGAAGUUAUUAAUAAACAAUGGGUUCGCGUGAAGUUGUUGCCAGGUCAGCUCUUACAUGGAACUGAUACCCUGUGGUUCAAUAUUGGAAGUACCGAAACAUUUGAGAGAAAUUUAGAAAAUGCCCAGAUAGAAAUGAACAUAGAACCACAAAAUUAUUUAUUGGUAGUCUAUAAAGACGAACUUGAAUUGCAGCAUUUUUUGAAAUUCGUGCCUCAAAUAUUGAUGUGGGGAUUUGUGUUACUCCUGUUGCGGAAAUCGGUGCAAAGUUUGGGUAGCGGUGGUAAAAGAGGCGGAAUCUUUGGUUCCGUGAUGGAAUCGACUGCGAAAUUAAUUAACUCCAAAGAUAUCGAUGUCCGAUUUAAGGAUGUCGCUGGUUGUGAGGAAGCAAAGAUUGAAAUAAUGGAGUUUGUAAAUUUUUUAAAGAAUCCUCAACAGUACAUAGAUCUUGGUGCUAAGAUUCCUAGAGGUGCAAUGCUGACAGGUCCACCUGGUACCGGCAAAACAUUACUGGCUAAGGCUACAGCCGGAGAAGCGAAUGUUCCAUUUAUCACAGUGUCGGGUUCCGAAUUUCUAGAAAUGUUCGUCGGUGUUGGUCCCUCGAGAGUUCGAGACAUGUUUACCAUGGCUAGAAAGCAUGCUCCAUGUAUAUUAUUUAUUGACGAAAUCGAUGCGGUUGGUAGGAAAAGAGGGAGCCGAAAUUUCGGCGGUCACUCCGAACAGGAGAACACGUUGAAUCAACUUCUAGUUGAAAUGGACGGAUUCAACACAACGACCAACGUAGUCGUAUUGGCAGCUACCAACAGAGUAGACAUCCUAGACAAGGCGUUACUACGACCUGGAAGAUUUGAUAGACAAAUUUUUGUACCCGCUCCGGACAUUAAAGGACGAGCUUCCAUCUUCAAAGUACAUUUAGCGCCUUUGAAAACUACCACAGAUAAAGACCAAUUAGCUAGAAAGAUGGCUUCCUUGACGCCUGGCUUCACAGGAGCUGAUAUUGCUAAUGUGUGCAAUGAAGCGGCUUUAAUAGCGGCGAGAGAUAUGAACGAUAACAUUCAACUAACGCAUUUUGAACAGGCUAUUGAGAGAGUUGUCGCCGGUAUGGAAAAGAAGACAAAUGUUUUGCAACCCGACGAGAAAAAGACAGUCGCGUAUCACGAAGCCGGCCAUGCGGUAGCAGGCUGGUUUCUGAGGCACGCGGAUCCUCUUUUGAAAGUCUCCAUAAUCCCCCGUGGGAAAGGCUUAGGUUAUGCUCAGUAUUUACCGCGCGAACAGUAUCUUUACACCAAAGAACAAUUGUUCGACAGGAUGUGCAUGACGCUCGGUGGACGAGUGUCCGAAGAGAUAUUCUUUGGUCGUAUAACAACGGGAGCGAAAGACGAUUUACAGAAGAUCACCCAGAACGCGUACGCUCAAAUUAUUCAGUACGGUAUGAACGAAAAGGUGGGCAAUGUUAGCUUCGAAAUGCCGCAGUACGGCGAUACGGUGAUCGACAAACCGUAUUCCGAACACACCGCGCAAUUAAUCGACAACGAAGUACGCAUAUUAAUCGAGCAAGCUCACAAGCGAACCCACGAGCUGCUCACGAAACACAAGGACGAUGUGGGCAAGGUGGCUGAAAGGUUACUGAAGCAGGAGAUCCUGAGUAGGGACGACAUGAUAGAAUUGCUGGGGGCAAGGCCGUUCCCGGAGAAGUCGACCUACGAGCAAUUCGUGGAAGGCACAGGAUCUUUCGAGGAGGAUAUUACCCUGCCGAAAGGAUUGAAGGAAUGGAAUAAAUCGUUGGAUGCCGACGCGACUAACAAGGACGACGCGACUAAAAAAGACGACGCGAACCCGCCAUCAUCGCCGCAGGCACCCGCAUCCGGUAAUCCGAAGGAUCAGCCGGAAUCACGAGUAUAAUUAUAUUAGGUUAGAUGAUAGUCUGCUAAGUACUUUGUCUUAUAGUUUGAAAUAUAUAGCGAUAUUUAAGUAUCAACAGAGAAAAAGGUGCGUUCGUUUGCGUCGACUGCGUCGAUUGUAAUUGUCGUUCUCGUAUAAGUCGGUGGCCACCACGUUUUUAGCCCUACAAAGAGAGGCGUUUUAUCACCGCGGUUCUUUUGUAAUGUAUAUUAUAUCUUCUUCGACUAGCAUGAACUUUUUUGAAUAAAUUAUAAUGGAACGACACAAAGGCUUCAUGGAAAUUUUUCUUCGGAACAAAUUCGUCGCGCCGAUGCAUUCAGGCGCGUCGCUUCUAAUCGCACGUUCUUUAAUUUAUAGAAAAAGCAAGUUGCCCGAACGAGUCGUAGGAGGUCUUAGGGGUGAAAGAAAUGAUAAGCCACGAUUUAUGUUUUUUGCAACGUAUAGUUAAUAAAGUUUACAAAUGUAGUGCAAUUAAACUGUACCAUUCUUAAAUAAGUA